AUGUGGCGUCAUGGCUGGGUACAUAUCCGCAAACGGAGAUUUGGACUGGACCAAUGCUCAUCCGAAUACAACCUCGCAGUCCGAGCCCCAUCACACUCUACUGCAACAAAACGUUCAUCACGCCUGCCAUCGCAUGCGGAUUCCAGUGAAUCGGAGUUUGAGAACGGUCUAGAAAGAAGUGAGACUGUGCCAGUAAGAGGAAGUAGAACUGGAAUUGCUAUCCGGAAAUCAGUUCGCAAGAUCAGUAAUAAACUCCGCAAGAGUCUCGAACAGCUCGAAAUUGAGACCUCGGUGGUCCUCGUGCAGCAUUCGAAAACCGGUAUUAUGACUCCAACACCUGGCAUCGAGGGCGGACCGAAUGAGGAUGACUUCUUCACAGCUCCCACACAUGGGAAAGACGGCACGGCUCGCAUUAGGACAGAAGUGUCGUGUGGCCAAGAUGGUCUGAGCAGUGACAGAGGUCCGAAAAGUCAUAUAACCAGGUUCUUGAAGGGAGAUCAAGGAUGUGGGUGA